CUUACUCUUAGGCUCCAAUAUUUUAUCCCAAAAUUUAGUUGUUAUAUUAAUAUUAAUUUUUAAAAUUUUUUUUGGCAAAAACAAUGUCGCAAGUCCAAAGUUACUACAGUUUGAGCUUCCAAUUAAGCUCACUUGUUUCCCGUAACCCUAGAAACCAUUAUCUUCCAUUAUCAUCUUCAUGCUUCUUCUCUCACACUUCCUCUCUUUCUCCUCCAAAUUUUGUGACGCUUUCCAGAAGAACGAAUGUAGUUAUUCAAGCCUCAUCCGAAAAUUCACCGCCUACCAAUACCAUUUCAGUUGAUGAGGAUAAUACGCUUCAAUCUGAAACGCAACUCAUUUCUGCUUCGGAAAUUGUUAGAAACUUUUAUGCAGGAAUUAAUUGUCAUGAUAUUUCUGCAGUUGAGCCCCUUAUUGCUGAUAAUUGUGUCUAUGAAGAUCUUAUUUUUCCUCGUCCCUUUGUUGGCCGUAAGUCUAUCCUGGAAUUCUUCGGAAAGUUUAUUGAUUAUGUCAGCACAGAUUUGCAAUUUGUGAUUGAUGCUAUUUCUGAGGAAGAUUCCUCAGCUAUUGGUGUCACAUGGCAUUUGGAAUGGAAGGGAAAGCCUUUUCCAUUCAGCAAAGGUUGCAGCUUUUACCAAGUGGGAGUGUUUAAUGGCAUGCGACAAAUAGUCUAUGCUCGAGAUAGUGUGGAACCUGCAAUUAAACCAGGAGAAUCGGCUUUGGUUGCUAUUAGAGGAGUUGUAUGGCUUCUGCAGCGAUUCCCAAACCUCAUAGAACGACUAUAAUGAAAUGGUCCUGGAUGCGCAAUUAUUCACAUUCACCUUGAUUCCGAGUGAUUUGUCUGUUAAUAUUUGCAGCAUUGCAAACACACUAAUACAUAUGCUGAACUAUUUUUUCGUACAAGAUUUUUGAUGGGCCAUAGAUUCACCUGCCUUGGUGUAUAUUUAGAAUGUGAAACGGGAAUUAAUAGCAAAUUAGAAACCCCUUAGAUUUGCUAUUAUAUCUGCUUACUGUAAAUCAUUGUAUAGACUGUAAGCUAUUGAAAUAUAUGUACAAACUGGUUUUUUAUU